AUGCUAGGAAGUGUACUUAGCCCUGAAACUGAGGACUUGCCGAUCCGACUCAUACACAAAUCCCUCGAUGAUUUCUUGCAGGAUCGGAGUCGAUGUGGGGAUGAAUGGUUCGUCGAUGUCAGUCUGCAUCGCAAAGCAAUAGCUGAACAGUGUCGGGUUGCAUCGAAAUCAUUUCUGAAGACAUGGUCUCCCAAAAGUGACGUGGCCAUCGGAGACGUACCAGCGUACAUAUCCAAAUAUGCAUUGUUUGGAGUGUUCUGGUAUUCCGCUUUUGACCAGAGUGACGUAGAACUAUUCACUUCCUUUUUCUGCCCCUACUUUCUUCCAUGGUUGGACAUUAUUGUCACGGAUGGCGGCGUUCUCCAUUUUGAAAUCAUGGACACGUUCUGUCGACAACAUGGGCUAACACGCAUGCCAAUCGAAGUCGAUAUCCGUGACUCGGACACUAUCCACCGUGUUCUUCAAAGUUCCACUGAGUUUUACUGUCACCUUCACCAUUCUAGCGAAGAGAGCCCCCUCACCGGAAAGGUCACACUCGAGUGUAUGAAACUGAGAAAUGGCCCCUUGGAGCCUACUGGCGAUAACCUGAACAUCGAAGGUGUAAUUCUUGUUGAUGCCGAUACACAGACAGAUUAUGGAUUCAAAAUUGCCAAUACCACAUCUGUGCCUCUUUAUGUUUCGAUGUUCCUUUUUGAUGUCAGUGAUUUGUGCAUUCAAGCAAACUAUCAACCGGAAAGUGCGGAAGGUGUUGACACCCCCCUCCCCCCUGGAGAAUCAUUGACCUUCGGGUACGGCACCAAGGACCGGGACCGUCCAUGGAGCUUCGGCGUAACAGAGGGACAAGAUGUCGAUGUUGGCUUCUUGAAGCUCUUCUUCUCGACGGAAUAUCUAGACUGGUCGGCCAUCGUCCAAGAGUCACCUUUUGAAGGCCAUCGCCAGAGUGUUGCACCUUCGGUGAGGAAGAUACCUUCCCUAUGUCAUACAAUGUGUGUUCCAGUUGUUCAGAAAUGGGUAGUGGGUGCCCCGCGAGGCUCCAGACGCAGGUUUCAGUAG